UCGCUGUUGCUUAGAGUUGAACUUGAGGAAGUGUUGAACUAGCAAAGUUUGUUUUUAAAGUGCUUUUUAUGCAUUGUACCUUCAUACUAAAGUAACAUUAGUAACGUCAUCAAGUAAAUGGAUACAUCAAGUAUAAUUAAAAAGUGAUUUAGCUCAAAGAAUGAAAGAAUGAGCAUGGAAUCAGGUGACAUAAUGUCACAUGAUUAUGGAGGCCUGUCACAAGAGGAGCAGUUACGUCACGCGGCGUUAUUCUUCUUCCUCGGACCUUACAAUGAUCUCCUACCAGGUUUGGUUGCAAGAGACUUCUUGCUUACAUCUAAUCUGCCUCUACGAAUUCUAAGUUUGGUCUGGAACCUGACAGAUGUUACAAAUGACAACAUACUCAGUCUCAGAGAGUUCACUCUUACCGUCCACCUCUGUCAGAGGUAUCUCCUGGGGCAACAACUACCCAAGUCAUUGCCUAGCAACAUUGUGCCAUGUGACAGGAAGUUACAAUACAUUCCAAGUAUGAGUGAGGAAGAUGUUGCUGUGUAUUUCAAAGCAUUCCAAAUUAUAGAUAACCAGAAUUCUGGUGUCAUUGAAGCUGCCACUGCCAGGAAUCAUUUACGGUGUAGUGGAUUAAGUAAGGAGCACUUGGGUGAAGUUUGGGACAUAGCUGAUAUAUACAGAGAAGGGACAUUGACUGAUCAACACUGGAGUAUAGCCUGCCAUAUAAUUAGAUAUCUUAAACAAGGUAAUUCAAUAGAUGGAGCAGUUGAUGUGAUGUCAUUGCUGCCAGAAAAGGAAUCCCCCAAACUUUUACAUAGGAAACAAUGGAGAUUACAAGAACUGGAUUCCAAGAAACAAGAUCUCAUAAAAUCAAAAGAGUACAUUAGAAGUUGUCAUGACAAGGAAGAGCAGCGACUUACUUUAUUGAAGUCUAGGAUAGACACCCUCACUCAGCAGGCUGAGAUUUUAGAGGAAGCUAGACUUGAUGAGGAAUUAAAAGAACUAAAUACUUACAUUAAAACAGACCUAGACAACUGCCAUAGAACGGAGCAAGUCAUUGAAAGUUUGAACACAACAUACAUACAACACAGACAAAGCCUGUCCAAGCUGAUCAUACAAGAGCAGAAGAUGAGAAGUGGUCUACAGGACCUGCAGAACACAGCAAAUGAAUUAAAACUAAAACAAGGAAAAUCUUUGAAUAAAAGUAAAGCCUUGAAGGAUCCUGACCCCUUCCAUGAACUACAUGAGCUGAGGAAAGAGGAAAAGCGCAAUAGUUUUGCCCCACUGCCACCCAUAGUUCUAGAUGGCAUAGAAAUCCCAGGAGAGUUGAAUCCCUUCAGCAUGGACAGAUUAUACCAUGAUUAUAUCACAGGUGAAUCAUUAUUUAACAAUAUUGACAGUGAAGGCCCAAUUCCAGAGUCUUCAGAGUUGGCGUUCUUGUGGCAGUAUAUAGCUGAGACUCAAUUGCCCUGUAGAGCCCCACUUAGUGGUGAUGAAAUGUUCAUGGAAGUCCAAGAUGGUGUAGAAUACACUGUACCAGUAUUCAUUGAGGAUCUGUGCAGAGAGAAUACAGAAAUGGGGUUGCUGAAGAUCUCAUUGGAGGAAACAAACAGAUCUCUGAAUUUACUGAAGGGCCAGACUGUAUUUAGAAACUCCAAGUCUUACAACCUCAGCGCACCAGAUGAGGAUACAUCUAAGUCUGGUGGUAGCCUAGCAGGAACCUCUCACAGUAAGAAACAAGAGAGGAGAAACAAACUCCUUGGAAAGACUGGGAAAAAGCCAUCACAAUUAUCUAUUGAUGACAUCUCAGCACCAAUCAUACAACAGUCUUCUCCUGAUGUGAAAUCUCCUAUUGUGCAACAGUCUUCUCCUGAUGUGAAAUCUCCUAUUGUGCAACAGUCUUCUCCUGAUGUGAAAUCUCCUGUAAUUCAGCAGUCAUCUCCUGGUGUUAAGUCUCAUGUUAUACAACAGUCCUCUGGUGAACUGAAGUCUGAUACUAAUAGUAAUCAUCAAAACGGAAAUGCUAGACCACUAAGUCCUAACAGAGAUUCCUAUGUACACAAGGAAAAUAACCAAUCAUUAAAGAGACAGAAUUCAUCUCCGAGGGAGGCUCCACCAGCGCCACCUAAGGACAUAAGAAAAUCAAGAGCUCCACUUUCACCACCAAUUCAAAAGGCAAAUGAGAAUAUAAAGGACAGUAUACCAUCUAGGAAACCUAGUGUUAAAGGACUUGCCCCAGAGCCACCAAUAAAAUCUUCCAGAAAUUCUAGUCAACAUAAUCAGACUGAGGAGCUUAUAAACCAAACUGAAAACUCUCUUCAAGCAAAUACAUUACCAAGGGUCAGUUCUCCAGUUAAAUCUUUACCCCCAUCAGAGGCCCCUGUCCAACCUGUUCCUCCCCCUAAGACUAAGAGACGGACUAAGAGAUCUUUGUCCCCCAAAAGGACUGCUCCAUUACCCCCUGCUCCAUCUUUACCUUCUGGAUGCAAGGAGCCCAAGACGGAAAGCAGCGACACUUUGAAUGAGCUUAUUAGAUCUGCUAAUCAAAGUGUAUCUUCUGAACCUCUACCUGAUCCAGUUCAAAUUCAACAAACAGUUAAUGAUCCUCUAAAGGAAUUGUCUAAUUCUCCUGAUCCUGUGGUAACUAAAGAAACAGUGGAACCAAUAUAUAGCAAGGUUGUUAAAACACCUACUGCUGAGCCUAUAAAGAGACCCCUUAGGCCAUCACAAGAGCUUAAACAAAACUCAGGUGAAGAACCCAUAGUCGCAGCACAAGCUCCAAUUCCUCCAAAAAGAGAUCGAACAAAACGUAGAAGUAAAAAACUUUCAAACACUCAGGGUAAUGAAGUAUGCGACUCUGGAUUAUAUUCAAAUGUUAUAAUUUCUAGAAAGGAACCAGAAGUUGUUCAAGUACAAGAGGAUACAAACUUAGUUUGUGAUAAUGUUAACAUAAGUAAAGGGGAUACAAGUGCAAAUCCGACUGACAUAAGUGCAAAUAAUGAUGACAGUGUAAAAGUAAAAUUCAGUGAAGAGACAAAAUUAGAAACAAUAAGUAAAGCGCCUGUUGAGUUAGCUGAACCUCCUGCAAUAGAAGAAGACAUUAGACCAAUAGAGCCUCCAUCUGAUUUCUUUUUAAGUGAUGAUAGUGUGACCAAGAAAGAUCCAUUUGUGAUACCUCUUGUCAGAGCAAGUGAAUCCGUAGCAGUAACAGGUCAACCUUCAAAUUUACAGCCUCUUUCUGAUUCAGAGCCUCCUUCUGAUUUAGAGCCUGUCUCUGAUUUGGGGCCUCCUUCUGAUUUCUUCUUAAGUGAUGAAACUCUGCCAAAAAGAGACCCAUUUAUAAUACCUCUUGUAAGGGCUAGCGAAUCUGUUGCGUGUACCAGUCCACCCCCGUCUGUCACUCCACAUACACAUACCCCUAUUGAAGAUAAUAAUUCCGUUAUUGAUUCAAGCCCUCCAGAACCUGUACCUGUAACAGACAUUGAUGACAUUCAGUUAGAUAUAACUGAUGUUGAAAAUACAUUUGAUGAUAUCUUAACUGAAAAUAAUAUUACAAUCACUGAGGAAAACUCAAAAAUAAGUGUUGAUGAUGCAGCUGAUAUAGAUUGUGCUGAUGUAGAGAGUGCAUUUGAUGAGAUUCUUGCAGAUUUUGACACUGAAGUAGAAAAUACAGUAGCACUAGACAGAGAACCAGCUUCCCAUUUGUUAAAUCUAGAUUUGAAGUCUACAUUCGUUGAUCCUUCAGACAUUGGUUCAGUCAGUCCGAGAGAGCCCCCACCUCUGCCUGAAUCUGCUCCACCCCCUUUAACCCCCCCUGAGGAGGAUCCAUAUCCCGAUAUUGUGCCUCCUGUGGAGUCAACUGAAAUUACAUUUAUCCCUAUUGACACUCCAGAAGCCACCUUCCUUGCUGUACCAGAGGUUACUAGCCUUGCUCUCACUGAAGAUACUGUUCACCUCCCUCAAGUUGAAGACCCAGAUGACUUGAGUUGGAUUGCAACAUUAGCUCAAGCUGAACAAGACGGUGAAUUCACCAGGGAGGACGUUGAGGAAAUAUUAGAAAUGGAAGCAGAAAGGAGAAAAAAAUCAGUUGAUGAACUGAGAGCAGAAUUUUUUGGCAUCCGGAAUGACGCAGUUAAAGUAAGCACCCCAAAGUUGAAGUCUGUUGAGAAUAACAAUGAGAUAACUGUAAAACCAGUUGUAAUUGAGGAUAAGACAGUCUCUAGCAUUAAAUCUGAUGUUAACACUGAGAAAAGUGUUGGUGAAUAUGACUUUAUUCCACCGCCAUUGCCAUAUAGUGAUAAUAUGUCUAAAGUAACCGUUGUCUCCAUAAAAAGACCAGAUCCUCCACAAAAGGAGAAAGGCUAUGGACUUGACAGUGAUUAUAGUGAGGACUCUGAUAUAUCAGAUAAUGAAGAAGUAUUUGCAGCAACAUUUACCCCUGGUGAUACUGACAAGAAAAAAGUUAAGCGUGGUACUAAUGAAAGCAGUGAUAGUGGUAUUGCUCUGAUAUCAUACAAAAUUAACGAAAAUGACAGAAAUACCAAAGAUCCAUCCAUCUACCCACUUGGUGAUGAAUCCGAAGAUGGGGGAAUCACAUUGAUUUCAUACAAUAAAAGUAAAUCAGAUGAUGUGUCUCAAACAACGAAAUCCAUACCCCCUACAGUGGCGCCAGUUCCACCAAAAAGAGCAUCAAAGUUGAAAAAGGAUGAGCCAGCCAUGAUUGCUGCACCACCCCUACCUAAGACCCCACCCCCAGAUGUGAUACCAUCAUCUAUGUAUUCAUUACCAACCUCCACCUCAUCAAGUAUGGAGAAGAUGAAGGACAUUGCAAACAGCAGCACAUCAGGUGAAAAGAUGGUGUACAUCAAGGGCAGCAGUUCAGAUAAACCGAAACCUCUCAUAGAAGGCUUCUCUUCAGAAUUGGACGAACUCGAGUUAGAGCGCAGGAAACUCAUCAGUGAAAACAAGAUGGUCAACAAGAAGGUCACUUGGGGUCAAGGGCAGCUGCAGGGUGAAGAUGUUGGUGCUACCGCCAUUCUAAAGUCUCCACCACCUCAACAACCUGACAUUGUACCCAGGCGCAAGGGAGAACCAAUAAAUAUAGGUCACCUAGGUAACAGGACAUCUGCAUCACAGAAAUCAUGGUCUGAACGCAUACAGGCUGUAGAUGAUCUAGACGGCAAUUCCGUCCCUAAACCACGUAGCAAAUCCCAAUCUGCCCCUACCCCCACUUCUCAAACUCCACCCACAGUGCCUACCCAGCAGGGUCAAAAGAACGAGAUGUCGGAUGACGAUGACAAUGUGAGUAAACAUUCCAUUGCUAACAUGAAUGCCACAAGGCGCAUGUUUGAAAAGAUGAGUGUCUCCAAGCAAAUAGAUAUGAGUAAGGUACCAAAGAGGAGCAUAUCAAGCGGUGAUUAUGUGCCCAAUUACCUACGCCAAGACAGCAACACAACAGUCCCACAAAACAACGACAAAGAACUGAAAAUCGCUCAAGAGAAUCAGGAUAGACUUAAAUAUGAGAGAGAAGCUGCCAAAAAUGAACUAGCCAAGAAUGAGCUUGUGAUUAUAGCACCAGAGAAAAGGGAUAAGCAGAAGGAAAUUGAGACCUAUAUAGAGCUGACUGAGGCUGAUAGAGGACAGGAGUUGCGUCAACAUGAGAGUUUGAUUGACAGGGAGAUUCGAGCACAGUUAGAGAGAGAACAAGAGAUGAAGAGACAAGGCACCAUCCCUAGUACCACCCAAGGGCGUAAUAAGGAGAAGGAACAAAGUGAUGCUGAGGAACAAGAGAAGGCGAAAGAGAAAUUAGCGCAUGAGUCAAUAAUUGAUAUAGAGAUUCGCGAGCAGUCACAACGUGAAAGAAAUUUGGCAGAAGAACGAGGCAUUAAACCAAGUAGCAAAUCUGCCCCUCCACCACUGCCUACAACUACCCCACCUGCUGACCCCCGAGCCCAUGUCCCCCAAGUAAAAGAGACAGUUACCGUUACCAAGACAACAACUGUGGUUGAGAGUACUCCUUCCACUAAAGCCCCACUUACACGGAAAGCUUCUAACGAUUCACUCUUGAGUAAUACAUCUAGCAUGUCUGGCGGGCCACAGAAUCAGAGGGAGUAUGAUGCUGCAAAACCUAUCCUUCAGGGUCUAGUCAAUUCUGACCCUUAUGUGUACAAGCAGACUGUCACAAGUGAGGCACCCGCUGGUGAGAGUUAUAUAGCACGAGAGCUAAGAGAAGCCAAAGAGAGAGAAGAAGAGUUCAAACUGGCUCUGAAGGCAAGAGGUGUAUUGGUCCCUGAAGGAGUAGAUGAUGGGUCCAUUAUCUAUUCAGACCAAGAUGUUAAGCAUGUUCAACUAAAUAUCUCUAACGCACCCCACAGAACAAGCAGACAGAAAUCUGCUGAGCAGUCACCCUCCACCAAGCCUAGAUCAGACAGCAGGACAAGUAACCUCUCCUCAGAUGGAAGCCAAGGGUCUCAGCUCCAACAAGACACAUCUCCUGAGGUGGUUGUGACCGAGACAGUCACAAUCACAGAGUCAACCCCUGGUAAAGUACAGCCAUUAAGUCCAUAUGAGCAACAAGAAUACCAAUACAUUCCACGUAAUGAAACCGUCAUUGAGCGCGAAAUUAGAUUAGCCAAACAGAGGGAGAAUGCCCACAGAGAAAGCAGAGGCCUUCCAAUUAAUAACCAAGAUGAAGAGAAGACUAAGGAGAUUAUGAUAGAGGUACUAAGCCCCACCCCCCAGGCACCAGUCAGGUCGAAGCGGGACAGUGUAGACAACAAGGCAAUAAGACGGUAUUCCACCAACCUCCUACAGAAGGAAAUAGAGCAGGCGAACAGACGUGAGAAGGAUCUACGAUCAGGUGGACUUAUUCGAACCACAUCUGAGGAACACAUCGGAGAGCCUAUGAAAUAUGUUGAGAUACGAGAUAUUGAGUCACCCACACCUAAACCCAAAUCCAAUCCUUCUAAAUUACCCCCUUCAAUAUUUGAAACCCAUGAAUCAGACUCUGGCAUUUCACAGAAAAUUAUUAGUGGUAAAACCACAAGCCGUCGAACCCCUGAAAAACAGCCAUCCAUUCAAAAUGGCUACAAUGAUAAGCCAGCUAGUAAAGUUGAGGUCACGACUGUUAAAGAGACAAUUAUUGCUGAUAAAGCACCAAUUACGCAAACAGAGACAGUAGUUACCACAGAAACAGUUGUGGUUGAGGCAGACAAACCUGUAGUCAAUGGCGGUGCUAUUGUUGUUACGGAGGUACCUAAGCCUGCACCAGUUGUUAAACGCCCUAGUACCAAGACUGAAGGCAUGGAGGCAAGGUACCAAGUGCGAUCUGCUAAUCCUGCUGAGUCUAUAAUAGAGCAAGAAUUACGGGCACAGCGUGAACGGGAAGCUGAACUCAGAGAGCAGAGAAGAGUGUUGAAAAAAGAUGAUGCACCAAAUAUAGAUGUUGACACUUCAUCAAUAACAGUCGUCCAAAAUGGCACAGAUAAUACAGAAACAGCACCAGUGCGGCCGGAACGCACAAAAAGCUCAAAACGUAAAAGUCUCCUUGCAGCCCAGUGGGAAGCCAAGAUUCAAUCAUCAAACUGAGUAGAACGUGUAAAUGUGAACUCUAAUUUGAGCAAAACUCUUAUGAAAUAAGAACAUAUAUUUGUGGAUUCAUAGUGUUCAGCAAAGACUGGUUUUACUUCAGUAGUGAUUUGUUAUCUUUGGACUGAGUGAGGGACUGUGUUCAAAGAGUGAUGUUAUGCUGUUAUGAUUUAAGCCAUAAAUUCUCAAUUAUUUAUUUGAUUGAUCAACAAUUAGUAUGUAAAAGAUACGAGACAGAUAGCAAUAGAUACAUGUAUUUGUUUCAUGAUUUUGACAAAAAAUCAAAAUUUGUACACAUCAGAUAAUCCAAUGAAAUAUGAGUAGACAGAGGCAAACCAAUCAUCGCAAGAAUGUUGUUAUUUGGGAUCUUUAUUCCCUUAUGCAUUUGUGUUAUUGUUGUAGGUGACAAUUGUAUUUGCAUGGAAUUGCUAAAUAUAAUCCCCAAUGCUUGGUAAAAGUUGUAUAUACAGUUCAUAUACUAGUGUGGUAUCUAUACCUACACAUUGCAAUGGAUUUUACCAUGAAAUUCUAAUUGAAGUAAAAUUUUGUUUAAGGAUGUGAGUUUUUGGAAUUGGAAUACAUCCUAAGGUAAAAAGUAAUAAAAGGUGCUUGAAAUUUAACAUAAACAAAUAUUUGUGUUAAGUUUCAAUUAUUGUAAGUUGUGUACGUACAUGUUUUGACAUUCCUUGUUUUGAAACUAUUUUGGUAAUAUUUGUAGAAGUACGUUAUACAUACAUGUUAGUGAAUUAUUUAAGUAAGGUAGAGGUAUUGUUAUAAGACUUACCUAUAUGUAUUAUUAGAUAGAUCAAACAUUUGAAAUAGAAGAUGUUUAUCAUUAAAAAUAUUGUAUAUUUUCUGAUUUUUAUACAUCAAUCAAUAUUCUAACAUGAACCACUUUGUCGCAGAGAAAAGAGUAUUUACGGGAUGUACAACAGCGGCAAUUAAAUAUAAAGCUAUGAGUAUAAGAUGCAACUACUAUUAUUAUUAUUAUAUGGAGCCCCAAAUCACUGUUCCACACACCUGGAUGACUCUAACUGCAGUUAG